GGGUUUCAGUAUUCCACGCGUGGUUGUCUGGUUAGGAUUGUUGGGAAGUUUGUGGCAGAGCGAGAAUUGUUGUACAUUGAAAACAGAUAGCAGGCAUGCGACCGUACUAUGAGGAUCCAUGUGGCUGUCCUCCUCGUCAUCACCAUGGUCGUCCAAAUAUCGAAAUUGAUGUGGUUCCCAAUUGGGGUGGCGCAUACUAUCCGCCAGCGACUCCGGCUCGGACCGAGGUUGUCUACGUAACGCCAGGCGGUGGUGGCUCCUACAUGCCCGCCCAAGUGGCUGGCCCGCAGUUGAUGAUGCCACAGCCAUAUGGAGGCAUGACCAUGGGCUCCGCGGGCUACUAUCAGCAACAGCAGGGCUAUGAAUAUCAGUAUCAGCAGCAGCAAUAUCAACAACAUAAUCCAUAUCCACAAUAUCAGCAAUGGUAGAGAGGAAACGAAGAAAAACUCUGCGACUAAUGGAGAACUCUGGCAUCAAGGGAGAAUCUGGCGCAACAGCAGUCUUUGGAUUAUCUAGAAUCUAUCGAGAAAUUAUGUGAAUUAAACUCAAAUGUUUUAAGCGUUCAAUAAAAAGUAUUUCCUACAAAGUGUAAACACGCAAACGAUAACAAGAAGUUCUCUUUGACAUUUGGGAACUGUCAGCAAAAGAACCCAUAGAAUA